CUCCUCCUCCUGCUCCUGUUAAAUCUCUCUGUUUUACUUCCAGUGGUUUCACGAGCCGGCCUCUUCGUGUUGCUGUGUUUUUCGUCUUCGCGGCAGUGGGACGUCUCAGCAGCAGCAGGACAAGAGGAUCGGGUGUCAGGCUGCAGAGCUGUCGGGGUGCAGAGGACGCAGGGGGAAGGUCGAGGGGGUUUAAGCACCGAUCGCUUCAGUCGUGUUGCUGGAAAACACUUUCCCCAGAUUCUGUGGCUCAGGCUCGAACACCGGAGGGAGAAUGGAGCGUGUGCGGCUGAUCCACGGGGAGUGAGCGGAGCAAGUAGAACGUGGUGGAGUUGGUGUUUGUGCGCAGCAUGGCUCCGGAGCGAGGGCCCCUCCUCACAGCAGGGCUGCUGCUGCUGCUGGCAGUUCUCGUCGUUCCGUCGGUGUCCGGCUGUAACCGAGGAUUCUACGAGCAGAUGAUCAACGAUUUCUGUUUCACCAAGUUCGAGUCGGACAUGAAGGGACUGGAGCGAGGCCGGUGGUGCAGCUGGCCCGACACCAUGGAGAUAUAUGAGGGUCUGACAAACUGCAGCUACCAGGUGGCGCUGAGGAUGGACUGCUAUUGGCCCAAUCAGGUGGUCGACCGCUUCUUCGUGCACGUCCAUCAGAUCUACUUCCAGGACUGCGCCCUCACCGGUCGACUCCUGCACGACCCGCCCGUCAGCAUCCUCGCCCCCUUCAUCGCCGUUCCCGUCCUGGUCACGCUGCUCAUGACCGCCCUGGUGGUGUGGAGGAGUAAACGCACCGAGGGGGUGUUGUGAGGCCUUGAGGCUCAACUGGACUCCAUGUGUGAGGUUGUGUUCUUCUUGUGUUGUUGUGAAUACGAGUGUGAGCUGGUCGGAGGAGAAGACGCUGUUUGAGAUUCCGAGGCUUCGGAGGCCGCGAGUGUUAAUCAGCACCUGCUCCUGAGGCCCGAAACGAUCUGUGAGCACAUAAAUAAGGAGGCGGAGAGAGGACGACGCCCAGAGCGACAGCGGUGACGCAGAUGAACGACGAGGAAACAGAGAGAAUGAGGAGCUCAGGGUCGUUUAUCACGGAGAAGAAAACCAAACACAAUCCUGGUUUUAUUCUCGUCUCAUCCUCUCAAACAGGUUUAUUCACGAUGGAGGAAACCAGAUGUUCCCUGGAACACAUCUGGAUCCACUGAAGAAUGAAAUGAUAAAAGUUUUAAAGACUGUGUGACAGAGCUCCCUCUAGUGUUCACUCCCUGUUACAUUUCUUAUCAUUGUAGUUAGUGAGCUGCUGCGUUCCCACAAAGAUCCUCAGAUGGAGCCCCGACAUCACACUCUGCUUUUUAUUAAAGCUUUUACAAAUGGU